ACGCGCGCUCACACACACAGAGAAAAUCCUCUUGCCUGUUGAUUUAUGGAAACAAUUAUGAUUCUGCUGCAGACUUUCUCAGCUGAGAAAUAGUUUGUAGCUACAGUAGAAAGGCUCAAGUUGCACAAGGCAGACAACAGACAUGGGAUUCUUAUGUAUCCAGCUGUUAUCAACAGAACAAAAGUCAAGUAGCAAACAGCAUCGCAGCAACUGAGCUUAUUACAACCUGUUUUUAUAAGGAUAUACCAACAGAAAAUUUUUAAAAGGAGAAAUCCUGUAACAGGAACUAAGAGGAUAAGGCUAACAGUUUGGAAAGAGCAAGUACUCUUUCUUAAAUCAAUCUCCAGUUCACAGAUAGGAAGAGGUCAAUGACCUAGAAGCAACAAUCAACUCAAGAUUUAUUUCUCAUUAUGUUAUUCAUGAACCCCGGGAGCACUACACUAUAAUGCACAAAUGGAUACUGACAUGGAUCCUGCCAACUUUGCUCUACGGAUCAUGCUUCCACAUUAUCUGUCUAGUGGGCACUAUAUCUUUAGCUUGCAAUGACAUGACUCCAGAGCAAAUGGCUACAAGUGUGAACUGUUCCAGCCCCGAGCGCCAUACAAGAAGUUAUGAUUACAUGGAAGGAGGGGAUAUAAGAGUGAGAAGGCUCUUCUGUCGAACACAGUGGUAUCUGAGGAUUGAUAAACGAGGCAAAGUAAAAGGGACCCAAGAGAUGAAGAACAAUUACAAUAUUAUGGAAAUCAGGACAGUGGCGGUUGGAAUUGUGGCAAUCAAAGGGGUGGAGAGUGAAUACUACCUUGCAAUGAACAAGGAAGGGAAACUCUAUGCAAAGAAAGAAUGCAAUGAAGAUUGUAACUUCAAAGAAUUAAUUCUGGAAAAUCAUUACAACACAUAUGCAUCAGCUAAAUGGACACACAGUGGAGGAGAAAUGUUUGUUGCAUUGAAUCAAAAGGGGCUUCCUGUCAGAGGGAAAAAAACGAAGAAAGAACAAAGAAUAGCCCACUUUCUUCCUAUGGCAAUAACCUAAUCACAUAUGGUAUAUAAGAAACCAGUUCCAGCAGGGAGAUUUCUUUAAGUGGACUGUUUUCUCUCUCUCCUUUCCCUUUCCUUUUCUUCUUCUUUUUAAAAUGUAACCAAGAAAGGCUGGAAAACUACUGAAAAAAACUGAUCAAGCUGGACUUGCGCAUUUAAGUUUAUUUUAAG